AUGGGGUUCUUCGGCCUCAUCCUGAUCAUCGCCCUCCUCGGUGCGGGCGUCCUUUACCUAAACCUGGACCGCAUUGUCAACUAUGUAGCCCAGAUCCUCGUCGACGCCUCCAAGAUGGACAUAACCUCGAUCGAGAUCACCAAGUGCGAUGAAACAGGCUUCACAAUCAGCCUCAGCGCAAAGAUCUACGACACCGGGCCGCUGGAGGCCACAAUCUCAGACAUGGUCCUCUCCAUGUUCGCCACCAAGUCGGGCAAGGAGUUCGCGCGGGUCCGGCUCCCGACCAUCAACGCGACCCCGGAGGGCACAGUCUGCCAGGUCUUUGAGCAGCGCGUCGAGAUCCUUGACUUCGGCGCCUUCGACGCCUUCAACAGGAACCUGCUGCUGCAGGAGGAGCUGCCCGCGUACGUGAGGGGCAGCGGCUCGCUCACCAUCCCCUGGCCGGUGCGGCUCAGCACAAUAGUCCAGUACAACAAGGUGGAGGUGAUGCGCGGCCUCGACGGCGUGCACGUCAACGUGCUCGAGACGAAGAAGGCGUCACGGUCGCUGCUCAAGGGGAAGCCCACGGAGAUCGAGGUCGACGUGUGUAUCGCGUCGGGCUCGCCUGUUGCGAUUCACAUGGGGCUGACGCAAGUCUCGAUCGUCUUUUCGGGCAUGCAGAUUGCGACUGUGGAGGCCGACCUCUUCCUGAAGCCUGGGGAAAACCGGGUAACAUUCACGGGGGAGAUGGACGUCUUGUCGAUUGGGAAGAACCUUGGAACGGGCCUGAAGUUCCUGAGGCAGGAUAUUGCGGGUGAUCAGGACAUGGUUGCUUUCGUGAAGGGCGCAAAGGGGCCCCAGUGUGCCUGGCUUGACAGGACAAUUCGGUUGAUGAAUAGCAAGAUUGUGAUGGGAUCCACUAUGGCCGACCUGGUGAGGAGCAUAUCCAAGGUAGAGGAAGGCUCAUAA